CGCAGAAUCCCCGGCUUCAGUCACAGCUCAGACCCCCGACCGGUCGCGAUCGGGAGCACACAACCCCCCGAGGAAGAGGCGCGCACGCACGAGAGACAGAGAGAGAGAGAGAGAGAGAGAGAGAGAGAGAGAGAGAGAGAGAGGCGCAGACGUAUGACGCGACCAGAGGAGCUUCUUCACGGCAGCCAGUGACUUUUAAAAAAAAAAAAUUUUUUCUCCAACUUGAGUUGCGCGUGCUCGGUGGAUCGUCGGCCAAGGGAAUCGCAUAUCGUGUGCAAGAUAGAGACCGAGGCAGGAUGACGCGGCUCCGGCGUGUGCAGUGCCUGCUCGUCGGACUGUUACUACUGAUUAGUGCGACGACUGCCCUGAAAUGUCCGGAUCGCGAAGGAACGCCCGGUCGAGAGAUCGUCUGCUACACGAGCCGCAGCAAUCUCGAGCUGUUGGAGAAUGCCAUCUGCCGCUGCACGACGCUCGUCCAUCAAGGCCACGACUUGCAGGAUCUCGACGCUUCCGGAAUCAAAAGCCUCCGAGAUGAAGCCAAAGAGGCUAAUCCUAGCAUCAGAGUCCUGUUGUCCGUUAGCGACAAACACGAAAUUCUGAAAAGCUCGGCCAAGACGCGACAAGAGGCUGUUACUCAUUUGACCGACGCUCUGAAAGAGGUCGACGGUGUCGAGCUGAACGUGACGGCCGGUAGCAAGGAGCGGCUCGUCUCCUUCGUCAAGGGUCUGAAGGACGAGAUGGUGAACAAGAGCUUAGAAAAGAUGAUCCUCCUGGCGGUGCCGACGAAACCCGAGGACUUGGCUAAGCAGUUUGAGCUCAAGGAGCUCUCCAAGUACGUCGACUUAUUCACGGUAGCGACACACUACUUGAGGGACAACGACGAGGCUUAUCGAGCCUUCCAUCCGUCUCGACUAAUGGGUCUGUUCGACAUGCUGAACACCGAUAGCUUGGUGGACCUCAUAAGCGGCAUGGGUGCGCCGAAGCACAAAAUACUGAUUUCCGUGCCCGUCAGCGCUUAUCAAUUCACGUUGAAGAGAGCCCAGGAUAACACGCCGAGAUCUCUCACCGUGGAGGAACAGCCCGCCGUCUUUGACCGUAAAAAACUGUGUGACGCGAUGAAUGAUGGCGAGUGGACGGUGGAGAGAGACGAAGAUCUGACGGCGCCUUACGCGUUCAAAAAUACUACGUGGAUCGCCUUCGAAGAUGAGACUUCCUUGAAAAUUAAGGGUAAAUACGUGAUCUUGAGAGAAUUGGCGGGUAUGGGAUUACGAGACGCUGAGAACGAUUCGAAAAACGACUGUGGAAUAUCCGUGGCCCAAGCGGUCCGACGAGCUUUCACGGAAAUGAAAAGGAAAACCAGGGAAGUGGUACUUUCAUCGCUGGAAAAAGACUUGAAGGGUACUGAAAUUGCUUACCCAAGGCAUGUGCGGUCUUCGGACUUUAGGAUAGUACGAGUGGUUGAUACAGCGGGAAAAAUCCGCGCUGUACGUGAAAAUACGCAAACUGCCUUUGCGUGUCCCCAUCAGGGUUACUUUGUGCAUCCAAAGAGCUGUAAUAGAUUUUACCGGUGUGUUAAGUUUAAUCAAGAGGUCGAUGAUUACUCCGUCUUCGAAUUCGAUUGUCCAGCUGGUCUGGCUUUUGAUGAGAAAACCGAAGUCUGUACAUGGCCAGGUUCGAUAUCCAGAGGUUCAGCCUGUCCGGGAAGUAGUGAAAUCGAACCCGUUUCUCGAGGCAGAUUCCGCUGCCCGAGCCGCGCUGGUUAUUACGCAGAUCCUAACAAUUGUAGAUGGUUCUUUGCCUGCUACGAUCUUGGAGGCUCUGAAAUGGUUCCUUAUGAAUUCCGUUGCCCAUUCGGUUUGGUGUUUGACGAAAGCCGAUUAAUCUGUGAAUGGCCAUGGAAGGUACCCAACUGCAACGGUCCUGGACACGGCGAUGGACACAGUAUAUAUGCGUAUGGAGGUUCCUUGGGAGAACAAGGAGGACACAUACCUCAAGGUGGCAUUAUUGGUCAAGGAGGAUUCGUAGGACAGGGUGGUUAUGCUGGGCAUGGUUUUGAAAACUUUGGUAUUAAUCAAGGUGGGCAAGGUACUGUCUAUAAUAGUGGAGCAUACGAUGGACAAAAUUCUCAUUUUGCUGGUAACUUUGGAGCAGGAGCUGAUUAUGACGGUCAAACUUACAAUGCCGGUGACGCAGGGGCAGCGUACGAUGGACAAUCUUAUAACGCCGGUGGAUAUGGUGGCCAAACUUACAAUGCUGCCGUAGCAGAUGCCGGUGCUAAAUACAGCGGGCAAACUUACAAUUCUGCCGGAUCAGGUGCCGGUACUGGAUACAGCGGGCAAACCUACAAUUCUGCCGGAGCAGGUGCUGGUGCUGGAUUUGAAGGGCAAACCUAUAAUGCUGCUGAAGCAGGUGCUGGUGCUGGAUCCAGCGGGCAAAGCUACAAUUCUGCUGGAGCAGGUACCGGUGCUGGAUACAGCGGGCAAACCUACAAUUCUGCUGGAGCAGGUACCGGUGCUGGACACAGCGGGCAAACCUACAAUUCUGCUGGAACAGCUGCUGGUGCUGGAUUUGACGGUCAAACUUAUAACGCUGCCGGAGCUGGCUCUGGAACUGGGUACAGCGGACAAACAUACAAUUCAGCUGAAGCAGGAGCAGGAUAUAGUGGACAAGCUCACAAUGGAGCUAGCUCCGGAGCAGAUGAUGGCGAUGUCUAUAACGGGCAGACAUACAACGCCGCAGCAGCUAAUUCUGGCGCUGGAUACGAUGAACAGAAAUAUAAUGCAGGCGGAUCUGCUGCAGGCGGAGCUAGUUAUAACACCGUGGGAGUUGCUGGACCGGGAUAUAAUGGACAAACUUACAGUGGUGAUAAUGCGGGAGCAGGAUACAACGGACAAUCUUAUAAUGCAGGAGGAGCAUCAGGAUCUGGUGCCGGUUAUGCUACUCAAACCUACAACGCAGCUGGAACUACUGGUGCAGAUGUGGGUAGAGGCUCGACAUUUAGUCCAAACGUGUACAACCAAGCUGGUGAAAACGGAGCCGUGCCUGCUAGACCCGAUAACAAUGGGCAGACAUACAACGCGGGUGGAGCUGUUGAUUAUGAUGCGCAAACUUACAAUCCAGCUGGAUCUAAUGCUGCAGAGGCUGGAAGAGGUCCAGGAUUUAGACCUAAUGUGUACAACCAACCAGGUCCUAAUGGGCAUUCAGGAGGUGAUUAUGACGAACAAAAUUAUGGUGGACCUGGCCCUGCAGGCGCUGGAAUCGACUAUGAUGGCCAGAAUUAUCACGGAGGUGAAGGAGCUCACAACGCACAUGGAGCGGAUUGUAAUGGACACAAUUACAACGGCAAUGGAGCACCUGCAGGUGUUGAUACUGGCAGGGGUGUUGAAGUCAACGCUAAUGGAUUUAAUGGUCAAGGAGGUGUCGUUACAAAUUCAGCUGAUUAUGAUGAUAGAGGCGGACAAAGCACUAUCUAUUCCAACGAUGGGUCCAGAACUACUCAAUUCAAUGCAGGCGGAGCUGGUACUACCAUUGGUGUGAAUAACUUUGCUGGAAACACUCGUAUACCUGCUGGACUUCCAGGUAGUGCAAACAAUUUUGCAAGUGGCUCGGCUACCGGUUAUGCAGCUGGAUCAACAAAUGGUUACACAGGAGGUGUGACCACUGGUUAUGCUGCUGGAUCAACAAACGGUAUAAAUAACUUUGCUGGGGAAACUGUCACGCCUCAAAAUGGUUUGGUAACAGGAGGCCGACUGAAUACUAACUUUGCUCAAGGCCAAAAUACCAAUUACAAUACUUUCGGCUCAACCGUACAAACUGGUCUCUUUGGCGGAUCGGGUACGACAAUUGGAAUAGAUUUGAAUAGGGCCAAUGGACGAACUCCAAAUCCUGGAUUUUCGACAAUCGCUCAAGGUGGCCCUGGAUUGUUCAAUGCUGGAAAAACGCAAUACACUGACGAUGCCGGACUUAAAGUAUACAACUCUACGUACAGCCCUAAUGCUGGAUUCCCUACUUCCACAAUCAUACCGUUUGUACCACGAGAAAAUACAUUCAAUCCAAAUGGUGUUCAAGGAUUAAACCCGGUUAAUUCAGUAAUUUACCAUUCACACGUAGUUAUGGGACUUUCAUCAACCGAGAAUUUCGGUAGACAAUAUGCCAAUCAAGCCGAAAAAAGUUUUGCAACUCAAGGACGAACCCCGACGGGAUUCGCGUUUAAUGGACGAACACAAAAUAAUCAAAAUUUCAAUACAGCUACGAAUAUUUAUGACUAUUCGAAAGCCAGUUUAGCUGGUGUAACCCCAUCCAUUACUUUAAUACGUGACGGAACUAAUAAUGGCGGCACUGCAGCUGGAAACCCGAGAACGACAACUGGUGUUACGAAUUUCGGAAGUUCCACCGUUGCUCCAGCAAACUUUAACACAGAUGCUGGGCAAACAAAUGCCUAUGGAAAUUCACAAAUAUUUGGAUCCAGUCUUAGUACUUCUAAUAAUCAAAUUACAAGAUUCCCAGCGGGAACUGACAACUUCAGAUUCAAUGGAAAUACAGCUGCUAACACUGGAUUUAGAACUACCGGCAAUGAUGCUACGUCCUACAAUCAAGGAACUACGGCCAAUCAGAAUCCUUACACUGCAACUGGAUUUACGCAGCCACCUCAAAAUGCGGUCACUCCUGCGACCAUUGCUCAAAACUUUAAUAAUCAAGGAACACCCGUCCCUGGAGUUGUACCCCUAAAUAAUGCCCGACCUUCGGUUGAGUUAGAUAAUACCGGAUUAUUUGGAAACAACUUCGAUGGUCCCACCUCAACUGUUGCUCCAGAUUUCAGAAAUCCAAAUAUUCAAUCCAGCACUCCUCAGAAUUAUAGAACAAAUGAAUAUUUCGAUAACGGUGGACGUGGAACAAUCCGUUACAACAAUGGUUUGGUCACAAACAAAGUUACCGAGACUGACAUACAAGAUUACCGAACGUCUCCUUACACAAGAAUACCAAAUUCAUUUAUUAUCAAUGGCGGCAACGCAGAAAAUGAGCAAUCGACUAUUCAAAAAGCUGACGAUAGCUCUGAAACUGGCGAUGGAAUAUUCACUAGAGGUGGAUUUACGAAAACUGGUCCUACGAAAACAGGAAUCACAACCGCUCAAGUGGGUGGAAGUGCUAGUUACGUUCUUGGACCUAGUACUCUUCGUCCCAGGCCAAAUCCUGACUUCAUUGGCGAACAAGCAUUUGCCACAAACUUCCAGACAGAAGGAGCAGCCACCAACUUUGGGGCGAAAGGAAGCACAACAAACUUUGGCACAACUGCAGGUGCAUCGAAUUUCAAAACUGCUGGACCAAGCAUUGCAACAGCCAACUUUAACACUGCAGGAGGAACAGCGAACUUCCAUACUGACGGAGCAGCGGCUAACUUUGCCGCCAAGGGAAUAACCAAUAACUUUGGCUUUACAGCAGGCGCUGCUAACUUCAACACCGCUGGAGCAACAAACUUCAACACUGAUGGAGCUGCGACAAACUUUGGAGCGAGAGGAACUGCAAGUAACUUUGGCUCUACUGCCGGUGCUGCUAACUUCAAUACUGCUGGGGCAACAAACUUCAACACUGACGGAGCUGCAACAAACUUUGGAGCAAGAGGAACGGCAAAUAACUUCGGGACCACCGCAGGUGCGGCUAAUUUCAACACUGCUGGAUCCAACUUUGGCACUGCAGGAGCAACGAACUUCAACACUGAUGGAGCUGCGACCAACUUUGGAGCAAGAGGAAAUAACUUUGGCACCACUGCGGGGGCUGCUAAUUUCAAUACUGCUGGAACCAACUUUGGAACCGCAGGAGCCACAAACUUCAACACUGACGGAGCUGCAACAAACUUUGGAGCAAGAGAAACGGCAAGUAACUUCGGCACCACCGCUGGAGCAAGUAACUUUAAUACGGCAGGUAGUACAGCAAACUUUGGCACGACAAACGCUGCCAACUUUGGUGCAAGAGGUACGAACUUUGAUGUUACGGGUAGUACAGCAAACUUUGGAACAUCUCAGUUUGCCAAUGGUUUUACUUCAAAUGAUAUUUCAAGAACGAAUACUGCGUCCGGAGCCAACACUGAAACUGCCGGUUACUCUUAUCCUAAACCAUUGAUACAGUUGGAAGUUGAGGGAAUAUCGACGACACCCGUUCCACCGCGAACGAGCUACUUCGAGUCUACUACUCCAUCUCCCAUUUCUAACGCUCAGUCUUUCAACAAUCAGAAUUCAGUUAUUAUAGAAUCUGCCCAAAAAAACAGAGGUUUUAGUACUACUAUUUCCCCGGUCGGAUUCACUACCGGACCACUAGAAAAUUUCAGAACAACAGUCUUUGACGCUGCUAAAUUGCCUCAGGCUGUUACGACUGUUCGACCCGUGAUCGAUACUAGUUCUAGAACUGUUAUAUCUUCAACUCCGAUACCAGCGGUUAUCAGCACGCAAAGGCCUUAUCAGUCUGAUGUGAAAACGUACUUAGACGUCGGAGUGUCGUUUGAUCAAGGAAACGAUUACGCUUCCACUGGUAACUUUGAUUAUUCGGACGUUACAUCUAACGCUGAACAAGGAAACUUUGGACAGAGGGUGACUGGCCAAUCAAGAACCACAAAUAUAAACUACCAGCAAGGAACAACAAAUGCCAGAGGGUUAAACGAAAACAGUCCACUUGUUACGUCUACGCAGGACUAUAAUUCCUUCACCGGAAGUGAAGCCACUGCACAGACAGGAUCUUUGCGUUCUAACGAGGCAAACGACUUCGGAUCUACUGUAACCAUUCCCAAUCAGGUUUACUUACCGUCAAGCACGCUCGCUCCCGAAGCUGGAGUUACGUUCAGAAGGCCAAUCGUUUCUGCGGAGUUCUCGCAGGGUCAAUUUGGCCAAUCAUCGGCAGCCGUCAAUUCACAAAACUUGAAUGCCGCUGCUGACUUUACUUCUCAAGGAACUGCCAACCGUGUUCUGACCAAUCAAGCAUCGUCGAACGCUGGUUCGCAGAGAAUUUCAGGUGGAGUCUUGAGAAACCAAGCCUCUCAAGGAUUCGCUUCUCAAGGGUCUGCUGAAGAAUUCGCCCGUAACCAAGCUACGGGCAACUUCGGCGCUCGUGAAUCGGCCAAUGCAUUCUUUGGAAACCAGGCAUCUUCGAACUUUGCUUCUCAGGGACAAGUGAACGAGGCCUUCGGCAACCAAGCUUCAGCAGAGUUUGGUUCCCGAGGAUCGGCUAAUGGCAUUUUCGGCAGCCAAGGUUCAGGAAACUUUGGUUCUCAAGUAUCAGCCGGUGGAAAUUCAAACAACCAAGCAAAUUCAUUCUCAAACCAGAAUCAAGGCUUCAGUGGCCAAACAAGAACUCUUAUAGGGUCGGACGUUGUGACAUCGAUAGGUGGUGCAGGUCUCAACAGCGAUAUCAUUCGCCAAAACUCGGGAAGUCAACAAAAUGUUCAAAUCAUUUCCGAAUUCAAUGAUGGAGGUAACUUUGGAGUUAGGAACCAACAAAGUACUACGGUUGCUCCCGAAGUUACUACUUACGCUGGCGACUUCAGUCGAACGCGUGGUCGUAUCGAUGCUAGCGGAGAAUUCGGCGCGAGAAAUCAAAACAGGAAAGUCAUCGUCAAACUCAGUGAUCUGCACCCACUGAUUCUCAACAAAUUGGGAGCCGAGUGUACUUGCAGGGCUGAUCCAUUUGCCGUAUUCCGUGGGUCAAACAGACAGACCCUGCCGAUCAAUUCUCGCAACCGCGGCCCUGUCGAUCUCGCUAAUUACGAUGAAAGCGAUAUCUACGUAGAUGUAGACAUUGACAAAGAAAACGAAAAAGAAAUCGAAUUCGCUAAAAAUAUUCCGUCCAACAGGUUGAUUAAGACUUCGAACGCCAGGUUUAACGAAGGUGGAGAUGACUCAAGCAUAGUUGUGAGCUCGAGAGGAGAACCAUCGUCUACGGCAUACUUGCCACCAACCAGCGCAAGACCACCAUCCACCUACCUUCCACCACAGCCAUCGAACGAGUACGUUCCAACGUAUUCUACCACUGUACCGCCCUCGCUGUUCUACGAAAAGAACGAGGCACCACUGAGCGCAAGAACGCAAGAUCGUCAGCCCCUGUUGAUCAGGGUAGAGGACAACUCAGACGAACGACAGCAAUUCGCACAAAGACGAGCAGGUAAGGCUCUAUUCGACGGACCCGUCGGUUCGCCAAACAAUCUGAGGGACCAGGGUGAAUCGUUCGAUCGCUACGGACCCGGUGGCCUGAGAAGCAACGACGAGAAGCUCGAAGGCGGAUUGGACUGUGUCAGGCCAGGUCUGUUCAGACAUCCCAAAAUCUGUAAUAAGUUCUACGCUUGCCACUGGGACGAGUGGAAGAAGCGCUACACGCUACACGUCUUCAACUGUCCGGUUCAUCUGGCGUUUGACUCCAGCGCUGGAGCUUGCAACUACCCCAGCAAGGGCCCCGCUUGUCAAGACAACAAACUCCUCAUCUGAGGUGACAUACUGCCAUGAUUUAAUAAUGCGUAUGAUUCUGAAUGAAAGUAUUCUAUGUGAGACCGCAAUUCAAAGUGAUAAGACAUGCUAUCAGUUUUUUUAAUGCAUCCUUGCUGAAAAUUCGACGAUGUGAAAAUGCACGAUGUUAAAUAGAGCUGUAGAGUAAUAUCUUUAAGACACGUCAUGAAAUCAAAGUAUUCAACGAAGUGUUAUUCUAUUCUGAUAGGAUGUUUUAAUAAUGCUCAUGACCUCUAAUUUAGAAUAGUAUUUUUUUAAUAUUAAAUUAUUAUACUUUCUUUUAAUAUUACCGUGUAUGAAGUGGAAAGUAAGCAAUAUCAUACGUGAGGCAAACAACGAAAUAAACCCUAGAAUGUGUAGAUCUUGAGCUAUUUUAAGAGCGCUAGUAGUCAGUAAGAUUAAAGAUACUGUAGACAGAACUUGUUGUUUUAACGUGCCUAAUAAUUAAUCAAACGCAUUAGCUCUUUUAACUAUGUUUAAUUGUAUUGAGAUCUACAUAUUUUACGUUUUGCUAUAUUAUAUUAGUAUUAGAAAAGAGUCAAAGUGUACAUGAAUCAAGGAAAAAAAGAAGGGAUUUCUAAGACAAUGUAAAUAAGUAUUUCAACAGAGUCGGAUUGUAAAUACAUGCAACGAGAGAAUCAAAGUUCUGAAAACCCCUUGAGAGUUGAAUGUACACGAAAUCUUUAGAGAAAAAGUGACGAAAGCAAUACAUGUGCCUAAUACUCGUUCGUAUUUUACGCUAGUUUUUAUGAUAAAUAAUGUAAGAUUGAAUAUUUUGUAAAUAAAUACGAAAUUAUGUACCAGAAA